UUCUGUUGUAGGACGGAGAAUUCAGUGUAAAGACACUAAUGAGUGACUAGAAGUGAAGAUUUGAAUUUGAUUUUCAACGAAAUUAGCUGAAAAAAGGAGCAGCAUGGAAGAUGGUCAAUCACAAAUGACUAAUAGUGACAUCGAGAUUUUGGGAUGUACACCACCAGAGUGCAGAACAGAUAGUGGUGGAAACACGUCAUCAGGCAUGAAGGAUGUUGAACAUAGGGAUGUUUAUGAAGAGAAUUGGGGCGAAUUUGGUGAUGACACAGACGAGGAAGAAGGGGAUGGGAUACAAGAUAUGUCACAACUUGGAGCAGGUGCUAUAGCGGUCAAAUUACAGACUGUUCAUCAACAGUCAUACCAACUUGUAGGUAAAGAUACAAAGUCUCUAGCACAACAAAUUCUGGGGCGUUGUCAGCAGCCACAGGGAGAAGUAUCAACAGCACCACAGCAACAACAGCAGCAACUCCAACCAGCUUCAGGUGGUGAUGCUAAUGAAAGAACAGGUCAGGGACAUCUGUCCACAAGUACAACUGGUGUAGCUCCUGGAAUAACAAGUCUACAGGUCCCGAGAACAGCAGCCCUGACACUAGCGUCCACGGGUACAACUAGUCCACUAGUAGCUCCUGGAACAACAAGUCCACGUGUUCCGGGAACAGCAGCCUUGACAGCAGAGUCAACAUCGUCUCUUCUGCCCAGAAUACAAGGAUCUCUUGUAUCGCAGAUACAGUCAUCAGGGAUGCCUGAAGUACCAAUAACUGGGGAUUCUCCUGCAGUCACACAGUACAACUUUAUCCAAGUACAGCAGCAGUUUGGAGAUGUGACAGUGAAGGGAGGCAAGAAUCUGAACAUUGGCGGAACUCAGAAUGUCGGUACAACUCCGACCAAACAGGAAGAAGAGGAGAAACCACUGACUGCAACACAGAAGAUCAGGAAAAGGACGGCAUCCAGGAUAGAGUCAUGGACUGAAGACAUGGUGGAGACAGACACCUUCAAGAAAGUGAAAGAGAAGCUGGACAGAGGAGCCACUUGGGUGACAAUUAAAGGAAGACCAGGAGAGGGGGAAGUCCACAACCGCCUACAUGGUUCUCAAAGACCAGUACAGUCAGGGGAGACAAGUAUACCAAGUGGUGUCACCAGAUGAGUUCAAUGAGGUCAUAACAGCCUGCUCUAACCCUGUCAUUCUGUUAGAUGACAUAUUUGGUGAUCUGGAAUUCAACGCUGCAGAAUGGGCCAAGUGGAGACCAAGUCUCCGACCUGUUGUGGAUGUUAAACAUCCUGAUAAAUAUGUUGAAAAAUAUUCUUUGGACAUUUCGACCAAAACUAGAAAGGGUUUAGAGAGGACAAAAGUUGAUCAAAAACGGGUGAAACAAACAAGUCCAAACAAAGACAAAACUAUCAUUAUCCUCGUAGGCCGUGACUAUGUGCUGAAAUCCUCAUUGGCAGACUUGGGAAGGAUGGAAGAUUACAUUUCCAGUCCCCAAUACGUGGUGGAAGUUUCCUCACAGAGAGACUCUUAUGAGCGAAGGAAGAUAUGGCGUGUUCAUGCUGAAGCAAA